AUGAAGGAGGGCCUCUCCGCGGAGGAGCUGUUCGUCACCGGCGACGGCCUGGCCUACGACGACUUCAUCAUACUGCCCGGCUGCAUCAAUUUCAAGCUCAAUCAGGUGGAGCUGGGCUCGCGGCUGACGCGCAAGAUCGCCCUCAAGACUCCCUUCGUGCUGGCCCCGGGAGUGUCGAGUGCAGACACGGCUAUACAGGCCGCCCUGGCCGGUGGCAUCGGCUUCAUCGACGACACGACGCUCACUGCCCAGGAUCAAGCCAAGCAGGUGGAAAAGGUAAAGUCUUACGAGUACGGUUUCAUCCGCGAGCCGGUCUGUCUGUCGGCGGGGAGUCGGGUGGCCGAUCUCAAAGUCUUCAAGUGCCUACGAGGCUUCUCCGGAUACCCGAUCACCAAGGACGGCCGCCCCGGCAGCCAACUACUCGGCAUCGUGACGGCGCGCGACGUCGAUCUGAGCUACGCCGAGUUCGACUCGACCAAGCUCGAGGUCUUCAUGACCCCCCUCGAUCAGCUCGUCGUGGCCAAGGAGGGUGUGAGCCUGGCCGAGGCCGUGGCCAAGUUGGAGGAGUCGCGAAAGGCCCGUCUGCCGGUGCUCAACGAGGCCGGCGAGCUCGUGGCUCUGGUAUCCAGGACGGACUUGAGGAAGAAUCAGAACUACGCGAACGCGAGCAAGGACGAGCAGGGCCGGCUCCGGGUGGGCGCCGCUCUGCGGAGGAGCCGCUCGACCGAGGAGCUGCGCAGCGCCAUGUGGCUGCUCUCGGACGCCGGGGUCGACGUCGUGCUGCUGGAGCUGCCCGAGAACCAGCUGGAGAGCGUCCACUGGGCCAAGCAGAACUUGCCGCACAUCGAGCUGAUCGCGGGCAACGUCGUCACGCUGGCCCAGGCGCGCCACUACAUCGUGGCCGGGGCCGACGCGCUCAAGGUCGGCCGUAGCGUCGAUCGCGAGCAUCGUCUUCGUCGUCAGGAUCACUUGCUCUGUGGCAGCUCGACCGCGGUGGGUCGCGCCUCCGCCACGGCCGUCUACAAAGUCGCCGAGUUCGCGACGAGGGCCUCGGGUCUGCCGGUGCUGGCCGACGACGCGACCGUCCUCAACACCGGCCACGUGCUCAAGGCCCUGUGUCUCGGGGCCAGCGGUGUCAUGCUCGGGUCCAAAUUGUUCGCGGGUAUGGCCAAGCUCCCCAAAAAUGCCGUGAAAAAGGAAGCCGCGGAAGCAACAGCAGCAGCGGUUGCCGAGCAGCCACCGAGAGAGCCCGGAACUGCUGCCGUAUCCAGCUGCAAAGCCCGAGACUUUCGACUCGACGAGCAGAUGCUGCUCAAAUCGAUGCCGUAUCUGCAGUGCGGCUUGAAGUACGCCCUGCAGGACAUCGGCUCGAGGUCGCUCGAAGAGCUCAGGGCCAUGGUUUACGACGGCGACGUUCGAUUCGAAAAAACGAGCUAG